AUGGCGGAAUCUCCGGGGAAUUCACCUCCUGCCCCGGAAACCCCUGCAACACCGUCAAAUGAGACAUCACCGUCAGCUGGAUCAUCCCCGCCGACACAACCCUCUCCAUCGCCACCCUCCCCGGAUGCUGCUCCUCCCCCGACACCACCCUCUUCACCGCCCCCUGCGCCGCCGAGCCAGGAAACGUCGCCUCCUCCAACAACAUCAUCACCAUCACCACCAUCUCCGCCGGCUGAAACUAAACCGCCACCGCAAACUCCAGAGAAUCCUUCUCCACCUGCUCCUGUAAACCCAACUCCGGGAACGCCACCGGCACCGCCUCAAACACCGUCGAACCAAGCACCUCCUUCACAAAAACCAUCUCCUACAUCUCCUGGUGCCAGUAAUGAACGUAACAGAACCAAUGGUGGCAACGGCAACAAUGGAGGAGACACUUUCCCGCUUCCACCUUCGGGAAACAGAAAUUCCAGUGACACUUUCCCGCUUCCACCCCGGUCCAUAAGCCCUCCUCGGAAUAGCGGAGGUUCAGACUCAUCAUUUCCACCAGGGGAUAAUCAACAACAACAAGCCAACAUUGGAUUGAUCAUCGGAGUCCUUGCAGGAGCAGGGCUAUUGCUUCUACUCCUAGUGAUCAUUUGCAUCUGUUGCAACAAGAAGAAGAAGAAGAAGAAACAACAAGUCAAUCACAUGCACUACUACAAUAACAACAAUAACAACAAUCCCUUUGGAGGACACACAGGAGGUAAUGGUGGUUAUAAUAAUUACAAUAAUGGAACAUCUCAAGACCAUGUGGUGAAUAUGGCUUCUCAAGGAGGUGGAAGCUGGGGACAACAGCAACCUGUGUCUGGUCCUCAUAGCGACAGUUCCAACGGUCCUGGACCGUCGCCUCAAGGUGCGACUCUUGGUCACAACCAAAGCACUUUCACCUACGACGAGCUGUCCAUUGCGACAGAAGGUUUCUCUCAGUCGAAUCUGCUAGGACAAGGAGGAUUCGGGUAUGUGCAUAAAGGGGUUUUGCCUAGUGGCAAAGAAGUUGCAGUGAAGAGUCUUAAACUUGGAAGCGGACAAGGAGAACGUGAGUUUCAAGCAGAGGUCGAGAUCAUUAGCCGUGUCCAUCAUCGUCAUCUUGUCUCUCUUGUUGGGUAUUGCAUCUCUGGUGCUCAAAGGCUUUUGGUUUACGAGUUUCUACCUAAUAACACUCUUGAAUUCCAUCUUCACGGAAAGGGUCGUCCGGUUAUGGAGUGGUCUAUACGAGUGAAGAUUGCUUUGGGAUCAGCUAGAGGACUAGCUUAUUUGCACGAAGAUUGUCAUCCUAAAAUCAUACAUAGAGAUAUCAAAGCUGCAAACAUUCUUCUUGACUACAGUUUUGAAACCCAGGUGGCAGAUUUUGGAUUAGCCAAGCUAUCUCAAGACAACUAUACGCAUGUCUCCACUCGCAUCAUGGGAACUUUCGGAUAUUUAGCUCCAGAGUAUGCAUCAAGCGGAAAGUUAUCAGACAAGUCUGAUGUUUUCUCAUUUGGAGUAAUGCUUCUUGAGCUUAUAACCGGACGACCUCCAAUUGAUCUAACUGGAGAAAUGGAAGACAGUUUGGUAGAUUGGGCAAGACCGCUGUGUUUGAAAGGAGCUCAAGAUGGAGAUUACAGUCAAUUGGCAGAUCCGCGUCUAGAGGGAGUCUACGAUCAACAAGAGAUGGCUCGAAUGGCUUCUUGUGCAGCUGCAGCCAUCAGACACUCAGCAAGAAGACGGCCUAAGAUGAGCCAGAUUGUACGAGCACUGGAAACAGAUGUAUCAAUGGAGGAUCUAAGUGAAGGAGGAAGACCAGGACAAAACUCGUAUUUGAGCCCCGGAAGCGGCGUGAGCUCAGAGUAUGACGCGAGCUCGUACAGUGCAGACAUGAAGAAAUUCAGGAAACUGGCAUUAGAAAGUAAAGAGUAUCAAAGCAGUGACUAUGGUGCAACGAGCGAGUAUGGUUUAAAUCCUUCUGCUUCAAGUAGUGAAGAAAUGACUAGAGGUUCUAUGAAACGCAAUCCUCAGCUUUGA